AUGGCAGAAGACAUGAGGCCUCUACGCAAUUACAAGGACGCCAUCCGUGCCCUUAACGCGCUCCAGCUGAACUACGCGCUGAUCGAAGCCACCCGCAAGCUCGGCCCCAACGUCGACCGCAAUCAAUUGCUGAUCAACGAGGUGUACGAGUACUGCCGCCGUCUCGGAUACCAGCCCCAGGACUUUGACCGCCUCAACAUCAUCCACGUCACCGGCACCAAGGGCAAGGGGCUGACGUGUGCGUUUGCCGAGCUGAUCCUCGGCCAGUACCGUGGCCACGGGCGCAUUCUGAAGGUGGGGCUUUUCACGCUGCCCCAUUUGAAGCUGGUGCGAGAGCGCAUCCGGAUCGACGGCGCCCCGAUCUCGGAACUGAAGUUUGCCCGCUACUUUUUCGAAGUGUACGACAAGUUGUCGCUGACGACGUCUGACCCUAACGAAUUCCCCACCCUCCAGCCGUCGAAUGAAGUGAAGCCGAUGUACUUUAAGUACUUGACGCUCUUGCUGUUCCACGUGUUUAUGAGUGAAGGCGUCGACACUGCCAUCUACGAAGUCGGUGUCGGCGGUGAGUACGACUCCACUAAUAUCAUCCAGCACCCCACUGCCACCGGUAUCUCCACUUUGGGAAUCGACCACACGUUCAUGUUGGGCGACAACAUCAAGCUGAUCACCUGGAACAAGACCGGUAUCUUCAAGCAAGGAAGCCCCGCGUUCGUGUCGCCGCAACCGGAAUACCCUGAUCUGAUCCCUAUCAUCGAAGAAAGAGCUAAAGAACGCCAAGUUUCGGAGCUUGUGCUCGUUGAUCCCAACCAGGUGUUGCCUCCUGACCAGAAAUUAGGUCUCGCCGGUGACUUCCAAAGAAAUAAUGCCGCUCUUGCCGUGAGCUUAGUUGAUGCUCAUCUCCGUAAACUUGGCUACCAAGGCGACGACGUCAUUGAAGAUGGUCACCUCCCCGACCAGUUUAGCGAGGGAUUGGCCAAAGCUGAAUGGCCCGGGAGAUGCCAAACUAUCUUGAACAAACCUGAACGCAUUAACUGGUACAUUGAUGGCGCUCACACUCUCGAACUGAUGGCACAACUGCUGCGGUGGUUCGUCCAACAAAUGGAACCGAAAAAGAAACAAGGCCUUCGAGUGCUUCUUUUCAAUCAACAACUGAGAGAAAAUGCCGACGAUCUCUUGGUGACGUUGUACAACACCGUGUACCCCAACUGCAAGUUUGACCACGUCAUCUUCACCACCAACAUCACCUGGUCAGACGGCAAGUACGACGACGACUUGGUGCUGAUGAACACCCUGAAGAAACAGGUCGACGAGAUGGUUAUCCAGAAACAACUCGCACAAGUGUGGGCUCUGCGAGACGCGUCCACUGGCAAUAACAGUCGUAAGCACAUCUUCCCCGAUAUCGAAACCGGGGUCAACUUCAUCAAGCUGUUGACCAGUCUGCCCGACUACGCUCCUGCCGCCAGCGGGGAAGUGGACGUGUUUGUGUGUGGCUCUCUCCACUUGGUAGGGGGUUUCCUUGUGGUUCUAGAUGGAGACAAGGAGCAAGCUUGA